GCGAAUCUGUCAAUCAUCCAAUACGACUGGUCCGGCGAGUUUUCGAGCGCAAAGCGGUCCAUGGAUGCGCUGCGAGCGCGCGCUACUUUAUAGCUUUCGACAUCUCGCGACGUCUUCGCCAUAUUUAACGAUCGCGAUCUGGGCGUGCUUAGCAAACGGUGAUGUCCUCCUUCCCCAGCAACGUGCCAGGUCUAGGAACGGAACAGAGCCAUCGUCCGAGUUGGACAGCUCUUCCUCCUGCUUACCUGGUGUCUGCUGAUGGGUCUCCUGAGAAGCUGGGCGCAUUGGAAACCUCGACCCCUGCACUACCGGCGCAGGUUGAACAGACCGCGUUCGACGACAAACCACGAAGAAGUUGCGACAUUCCGGAUUGGUGCUUGAAUCCGAAGUUUUUGGGCUUUGUUUCGAUACUUUUCCUUGCGUUGAUAGUGUGCCUUGGUGUCUUCCUCAUACCCCGGAAGCCUGCCCUCAGCUUCAAUCCACCGCCGAUCACUCUCAUAACCGAUGCCGUCGUCCCUUCUCCCCGUUUCUCCGCGCCCUCUUCGUCGAGCCGAGCCUCUUUCUCGUUCCUCGCCGACGUCAACCUCCACAUCGACGUUCACAAGAAUUACAUCCCGACUAAGAUCAUGAAAGGCGCUAACCUCACCAUGACCGACCUGGAGACGAAGGCAAAGGUCGGUACAGCGAAGAUGGCAAGCGUGAAGAUCAAGCCGCAUGGGCAUGCAGAUCUGCAGGUGCCCAUGAACUUCACGUACGUAGCGAAGAAGAACGGCGACGAUCCAACUUGGACAAAGUGGCACGACGCUUGUCAAGGAUCCGCGAAUGUUACUCGACCAGCUCUUGACAUCCAGCUGCACGCCAGUAUGAAGAUAUCGCUGCACCACGGCCCUAUUAAAGUCAGCGCAACACUCAGGGGUGUCUUUUGCCCCUUAGAGCUUCCAUCCGGGUUCUAACUCUGUUGCAUCGUCUACGGCUCUUUGCGAAGGCCAUAUAUUAUCCGUGGUAUCAUACCCCACCUCCGUGACAUAUCGCACAAAUGCC